CAAUCAGUCAAAAGACACAUGAAAUUCAUUCCCCUCGUAACCACCAUCCCAAUCCCAAAUCCCACCACCAUCAUCACACACCUUUACAUCUCUGUAUUUUAUUUUAUAGAAUUCUGCAUCUAAACCCACGUGCUUUGGAACUCGAUCAAUCAGAGAUGCGUUGUUUAAAGCAGAUGAUAGAAGAACGCGGACCCGGGGUACCUUUUAUUUGUUUUUUAUGCAUUUGCCGGUCAACCAAACAGAGCUUUCUUUGCUUUCAGAAAGUCUGCUGUUACGCUGUAUGAAGAAAAACAGAGUUAAAAGAAGUCGCUGGAGUUUGACCCCGGAAACUUGUUCUAUCUGAAACAGAAAAUCCUGGUUGAUUCAAGGAAAACCCGCAAGGAUUUGAUAAAAAAAAGAAAGCCCAUCCAAAGGCUUUGCUGAUUGCAUCUCAGAGUGGUGACGAUUUGCACAAAAAGAUGGGAUCUUUCAAGGGUCAUGCUUUACCAGGAACACUAUUUCUGUUAGUUGGGGUGUGGCACAUAUGGAGCUCUGUGGUCCGAUACGUAUCGAAUCCGAAAACGUUCAGGGUUCGGGUUUGGAAUCCGGUGCCGGGUUUUGAUGGAAAGCUCAAGUACUUCGAGCUUUAUCUUAUUGCCAUUGGCGCUUUCAUUGAUAUGUGUAUUGAGCUUUUGUAUUCGACCCAUCUCAAGUUUUUUGUCAAUGGGGUGUUGAAUCCAUCCCACAUGAAUGAUUUCGAGCACUCGGGGAUGCUUCUGAUGUUCUUCAUCUUUGGCCUGGUUGCUCUGCUCUCCGAGAAAACAAGGUUUCUUCCCUUGCCAGAAGGAUCUCUUUGUUUGAUUGCUGCCACUGCAUUCUGUGCAGAGCAUCUCCUAUUUUACUUUCACUCAACAAGCCAUAAAGGCCUUGAGGGGUACUAUCACCUUCUCCUUGUUCUCCUGAUAGGGCUUUGCAUAGUGUCCAGUGUUACAGGAACCCUUUUACCAACCAGCUUCCCAGUUGAUUUGUGUAAUGGCAUUGCUAUAACUCUCCAAGGACUCUGGUUCUAUCAGACCGCCUUCACUCUCUAUGGUCCCAUGAUGCCAGAUGGCUGUCAUAUUAAGGAAAGCGUGAUCUCUUGUCACUCGGAAGACAGUGAGGUCCGAGGCGAGUUGCUUGCAAACUUCCAGCUCUUUUCCUUGGUCCUUGGUGUCCUUGUUGCAGUUGUGGGAUCAUACGGUUUUGCGGCUUCAAGAUACGGGCACUCUGAAAUUAGGAGCAUGAAUGCUGUUCAGGAUGGGUUGGAUCAUGAUUAAAGUGUCUACAGUCUUCUCAGUCUUCCUUAAAUUUCAAUUAUCUGCAGUCUUCUCAAGGAGGCAUUUUGAUAUCUUCUGGGGAUGAAAAUUGUUUUAUUCUAUGUGCAUACAUCAACAUCUUGUAGAGUAGUAUCAAUAAAAGUAAGAACUGUUGUUCUUCUGUAGGAUGAAAAAAGUAAAACAAUAAUAUAUAUUGUCAAUGAAAAUUACAUGGUACUAUGUGUACCCUUU